GGCGCGGGCGGGCGGGUCGACGGACGCGAUGCCGCCGCCGCCGCCUCCGCCUCCUCGCCGGCCCGGGCUGCGCCGCAGUGGCUGAGCCGCCGCUAGAACCGCGAACCGAGCGGCCGCUGGGCGCGCCAGCAGCGCGGGAGGAUGGGCUGCGGCGGGAGCCGGGCGGAUGCCAUCGAGCCCCGCUACUACGAGAGCUGGACUCGCGAGACGGAGUCCACAUGGCUCACCUACACCGACUCGGACGCGUCGCCCAGCAACGCCACCCCGGACAGCGGCCCCGAGGCGGGCGGCCUGCACGCAGGUGGGCUGGAAGAUGGCGUGCCCUCCAACAGUGUGCCCCGAUCGACAGCCCCAAGUGGAAUAUCCAACCCAGAGAAGAAGAUGAGCUGUGGGACCCAGUGCCCAAAUCCCCAGGGCCUCAGCUCAGGCCCCCUGACCCAGAAACAGAAUGGCUUCCGGACCACAGAGGUUAAAAGAGACGCUAAGCGGACGUCUGGAAAAGAAGUCACCAUUAACGUCGCAGACAGCAUCCGACAGGUGGACAGAAGUCGAAGAAUCACAAAGAACUGCGUCAACUAGCAGAGUGUUCAACCAGUUGAAGGGCAGAGGGACUUCUUUGGUGCCCUUCACAUCCUGGACCCCAUCGCGGAACCUUGAAGACGUGGGUGGCCCUUGCUGUGUGGGAACGCUGCUGAGUGCCUUGGGAGACUGUCUUAGCCUGUUGGGACGUUCUCAGCCUCCUAUUUAUCACAUAAAUGUAUUGGCAGAGUACUCUCAUAGGGUAAUAAACUGCAAAUGUAUGUUCAGUUGCCCCUUGCAACUGCUGCAGUGUGGUCUGAUGGAAAAGUGGCGAGCAAAAGCACGGGCCAGUUUAGGAAACGGAAAAGUAGAAGGGAUAGGUUCCUGGUUGAAAGAGUCACAGUCGGUUCUGAGCUCUCCUGGCCAUGGUCGUGCGCACUGUUUCAGGCAAGCUUAUUCUAUCAUUCUUCCUUUUUGAAAUACCACCAUCUCACAGCUUACCGUGUUCACUUAAAAGUUGGCUUUCACCCAACUCUAAACCCACAUGUAUGAGGAAUCAAGAAACAGGAAAACUGUUAUUCUUGUUUCCUUAGCUCAGGAUGAGACAGAUUCAGAUCCAAUUUUACACAAACUAACCCCACCAACACCCAUGGUGUAUCCCAGGGAGGGCCUCUGUGAUACAGUCACACCCAUUUCUCUCCCAUCUGCCUUCAGCAUCCCCCCGGGCCAGGAUCCACGUCAGCUUCUGAACCAUAGUAUCACAGUAGUGGUCACCUCGGAGCCCUCAAGGCUCAGCAGGCAUUGCAUUUUUCCAGCUUUCCACUUCCCUUUGCUUGUGUUCUUGUGUUUUUUCUCUCCAAUAAGGCCAUUUGCAGUUGUUAAUCAAAGACCAGGCUCACAAGAGGGAGAAAAUCUGGAACAUGUUGGCUUCCCUUUGGCCUCUCUGCACAGCCCAGGACUGUGUCAUUUGGUAUCUGCAAAGGAAUCGCUUUAAAAAGUCAGUACCUAGUUGGUGUGCGUUCACAUGGACAUUAGAUCCACAUGCACUGUGUUAGAAAUCUGUAGCUGAGGCAGUAAACAAAACAAAAUCGGUAGGAAUAAAAUUUUCUGGCAUUUCUUUAAACAUGUUAAGGUGGAAGUAUUUUCCUCCGAAGUAAUGUAGCAUGAUUUUUAAAGGACUGUUAACAUGCCUGGAAUUGGGAAAGGUAGGACUAAAGUUGUAGCGAAUGAUACCAAUAAACUCCAUGUUUAGCAGAAAUAGGUAGUCUGAUGGUGUGUGUUUAUCUAUCAUAGUCCGGAGAAGGUUAAAAAUUCAGAUACUUGGCCUCUUUACCUGCCAACUCUGUUAUUCCUCAAACACAAGUGGGCAAUGUCCCUUCCUUCCUUCCUUCCUUCCUUCCUUCCUUCCUUCCUUCCUUCCAUGGAUUGUAUAUUUAUUCAGUAAACAUUAAAUGCCAACCCUGUGUCAGGCACCGUGCAGAUGCUGAGAGAUUUGGAGUCUGGCCAGUCAUGGUUGUAUAUCCUGAAUUUGACAGUGAACUUAAUAACUAGGGGCCUGGCUUAGACGCUGGGGUAUAGUGUAUGGUGUGAAUUGCUCUGCAGUGUAAUCUUAAUUUUAUAGCCAGGAUAGGUUUCUGUCCUAAACUCCAGAUCUGGGCAUUCUCCUAACCACUGUCCAAGCCUUUACUAUGCACAAAACUACACUUUCCCAAACCUUUGUCAUUUUGUGAUUCUUUGAGAAAGGGCUUUUAGGAAACUUCAUGUUCCGAAACUUUUAAAUAUAAUAAUAAAGCAAAACCUGUGACUUCCAUGACCCCUCUGGUAUGAUUCAGCAGGAGCCACCCACUGCCAAAGUUUGGCAUUGAUCCUGCAAGUUCAAGG